UGUGACGUCAUCAAAGCGCCUCACUGAAAGCUUCUUCGUACCGUAACGGAUAAAGGAUUUGACAGAAAUAUCUCAGCAUGUCUCGCCGAUAUGAUUCACGAACAACCAUCUUCUCACCGGAGGGUCGUCUGUACCAGGUUGAGUACGCCAUGGAGGCCAUCGGUCAUGCCGGCACCUGCUUGGGCAUUUUAGCCAACGAUGGCGUGCUGCUGGCUGCUGAGAGGAGGAACAUUCACAAGCUGUUGGAUGAAGUGUUUUUCUCAGAGAAAAUCUACAAGCUGAAUGAAGACAUGGCGUGCAGCGUGGCGGGAAUCACAUCAGAUGCCAACGUACUGACCAACGAGCUGAGGCUCAUAGCACAGAGGUAUCUGCUGCAGUACCAGGAACCAAUCCCAUGCGAGCAGGUGGUCACAGCACUGUGUGACAUCAAACAGGCCUACACACAGUUUGGAGGAAAGCGUCCGUUUGGAGUCUCGCUGCUCUACAUGGGCUGGGAUAAACACUACGGCUUCCAGCUGUACCAGAGCGACCCCAGCGGAAACUACGGAGGCUGGAAGGCCACGUGCAUCGGAAACAACAGCGCUGCCGCUGUGUCCAUGCUGAAGCAGGACUUCAAGGAGGGAGAGAUGAAACUGUCCUCGGCCCUCGCCCUCGCCGUUAAAGUUCUCAAUAAGACCAUGGACGUCAGCAAGCUGUCUGCAGAGAAAGUCGAGAUCGCCACCCUGACCCGCGAGAACGGCAAGACCUGCAUCAAGGUGCUGAAGCAGAAAGAAGUCGAGGAGCUGAUCAAGAAGCACGAAGCGGAGGAGGCCAAAGCCGAGAAAGACAAGAAAGAGAAGGAGCAGAAAGAGAAGGACAAGUAGUGCCUUCUAUCCACACUUCAGUCCUUUGUGUUUGUGUAUGCGUGUGUGCGUGAGAGGGAAAAUCAGAAGAAUGAAUGUGAGCUUUGUGAGUGGAAAAUAUGAGUUUUCUUGGUUUGUUUGCAUUUAUUGUUUCUUUAAAUAAAUCCAAAUGAUGAAUCAA